AUGUCGAAAGAUCAGACUCCCGUUUUGAAAGAUUUCAUUCCUAAUAGUGGAAUGAUUUAUCACGAGGAUUUACCACAGUACAUUCUUUGUAAGCCAAAGCUAAUGCCAUUGAAGUCUGUGACUUUGGAGAAACUUGAAAAGAUGCAAAAAGAUGCAGAAGACAAGUUGAAACAGCAGAGACUGGAACAGAUUAAUGAAGGAAAUGACCAGAUAGUUGAAGGGAAUAUGUCGUUUGGUCCCUUACUCACAGAUGUCAUAGUGACAUUUUGUGUGGCAGCUAGUGUCUUGUAUAGAUAUGGGAAUUGGAUGAAACACCACAUUGUAGUAACCAUAGCAGUUCUUGUUGCUUGGUAUUUCUCAUUCCUAAUAAUAUUUGUUUUGCCACUGGAUGUAUCAUCUACUGUGUAUCGUACCUGUUUAAAAGAUCUUCCUCCUGGAAACAGCAAUGAAAAUUCGAGCUCGAAUCAUAGUCUAGUAAUUCCAAAUAACAGUCAUUCUGCUUCUGAUGAAACUAUUUGUCAGAAACCAUGGAGUUAUGUACAAGAUGAUGUAUAUUUACAUUUGUGGCGUGUUGUAUACUGGACUUCACAGUGUCUCACUUGGUUGGUGUUGCCAUUAAUGCAAUCGUAUAUCAAGGCAGGAGAUUUUACUAUUCGAGGAAAACUAAAAUCAGCUCUUAUUGACAAUGCCAUUUAUUACGGAUCAUACUUAUUUAUUUGUGGAAUCUUACUUAUAUACAUUGCUGUGAAGCCAGGAAUUGACCUUGAUGAACCCAAAUUGAAAGCCAUUGCAUCAUCUGCUAGUAAUACGUGGGGUCUCUUCCUGCUGGUGCUUUUGUUGGGAUAUGCCCUGGUUGAGGUGCCAAGGUCAUUGUGGAAUUCUAGCAAGCGUGCUUACUUAUUAAACUAUAGUUAUUUUAAAGCAGCAAAGCUUAGUUCUGAUAAAUGUGAAGCCGAAGAAAAUGUGGAUGAAGUUUUGGAGUCUCUACAAGCUGCAUCUAUGGCUGUAGGGCCAGGUCAUCCACUACACCGGAACCUUGAGACUAUUUUGCAGAAAGUUCCUGUUGAACUCAGAGAGCGAAUGAACCGUCGUCAGUUACCUGAUGAUACUCCAACAGACGCUCCAUCAGAGAAAGCACUUAUUCGCCUUCACAGACAGGUAAUCAAGGCUCUUCAAACCGCUCACCGAACUGAGACUCAGUGGAGCUUACUGGUGGAUGAUAUUCUGGUAUUAGAAGAUGUAGUUCGUAAUCAAGUUAGCCAUGAUCGACAUUAUAAACCCACCUUUCAACCUGAUAGAGCGAGCUGGCUGCGAGUUUUUAUUACUCCUGGACUUGAAUGGUAUUGGCGGUGUGUAGUGCAGUCUUAUAUAUUAAAAUUAGCUGCAAUUGCUGCUGGUGUUUUGUCUGCUGCUGUUGUCUGGUCUGAAGUAACGUUUUUCAACAAGAAGCCAGUAUUGUCAUUGUUUGCACAGUUCAUAAACCUUGCUAGAGAAGGAUAUGACUACAAGACAAUUGAGAUUCUCUCCACUAUGAUUAUUGCAUAUCUCUGUUAUUGUGCUUACUCAACGGUCUUAAAAAUCAGAGUACUGAAUUUAUAUUACUUGGCACCUCAUCAUCAAACUGAUGAAUAUUCUUUAAUUUUCUCUGGUAUGAUGUUGUGUCGUCUUACUCCGCCUAUGUGCCUCAAUUUUUUGGGACUUGUUCAUAUGGACAGUCACAUCAUAAAGCAGUCAACGAUGGAAACAUACUACACUCAGGUAAUGGGUCAUAUGGAUGUAAUUUCAAUUAUCUCAGAUGGCUUCAAUGUGUACUUCCCAAUGGCUGUACUGGCCUUCUGCUUGGCCACCUACUUUAGUAUUGGUUCUCGCAUUCUCUCAGCCUUAGGCUUUCAGCAAUUUGUCGGAGAUGAUGAAGUCACCGCAGAUCUUGUUGAAGAAGGCCGUGAAUUAAUCAAGCGAGAAAAACGAAGGCGCCAACGAGCUGAAGAUUCCUUAAAUCGACGGAGGGAAUUCCAGGAGAGAUUUGGAGGAACUUCAAGAUAUAGGACUGCACGGCAAAAACCUGAAGAUAGAGGCAUGUUAUUGAGACCCCUGCAUCGUGAUGACUCAGCAGAAUCAGCAAGGGCAGUUCUUCUGCGAGAUGUGGAACCAGUAGAUUACUAUGUUGGGACAGCUUCUACUACGACUGCAUCUACUGAUGGAAGCUAUGCGGAGCCAGAAUUGGGUCAUAGCAGAGGCCAUCGAAGCUCCAGCACAGCACUUCUAUACCAGGGAGGCCCAGAUGGCUAUGGCCCUCCUGUCGCAUCUCGUGGACGAGUGGGUCCACCACCUCGUGGGCUUUUUGAUGAUGUCUGAAAAUGACAAAUUGUAGUAAUACGAGAUAGUUGUCUUUGAAUGGAAAUAUGUAUUAGCUUGUGUUGCAUUGGAUUGGAUACGCUUUACUUUUUAAAUUUCUUUAGAGAGAAAGUUAAUUUUGAAAUAUUUAUCUAAUUUAUUGUUAAAAGUGACAUAAUUUUUAAUAAUUUAUGUGUUUGUAUGACCUGUUUUCUGAUGGGAUAUUAAGGCCCAGGGAAGACUUGUUUUUAUUGUAAAUGUGUACAUGAAUUGCACUGUAUUCUCUGCUGGGCAGGGAAUGUUUGUGUUUUGUCUGAAAGGAUUUUGUAUGAAAAAUUGAGGUUCGUGUUUAAGUGACAAUUUGAUUCAUUAUCAAUGCGCUACUGCUAUGUAUUGUACAGAGUUAGUCCGUCCGAUUGUCUUGCUGAUUGUCUGAUAUUAAUGACAUGGAGCUAGUAUAUACCUAUAUAUUUAUCUACUGUACUUCAGAUUACGCAGGUGUGAGAAGCAGUGUGUUCAUUUUGCCGUACUUUCAAAGUACAAACCAAGUAUAUUUUAUCAGUUGUUUUGUUUUUUCUCCAUUGUUUAACUUACUGGUGUUACUAGUAGUAGUGGUAGUACUAGUAAAGAUAGUACAUGUUUUUAUAUAUUUUGGAAAUUUAUUCCAUUAACUAUAUAAGUUACAUUUUAAUUGAUUUCCCUAUAAACAAAAACUAGUGACUUCUGAAGGUAGUAUUUGUCUGGUAGUAAUCAGAGAUUUGCAUGAUAGUUAAAAAGUUUAUUUCAUGCAUGAGAUGUUUUAGAUAGUAUUGUUCAAAGUUAUAUGCAUAUAAAUUGACAGAUCAAAAUUCAGAGAUAGUUUGAAUAAAUCUCUUUGAAUAUCUCCAUAUUAUAAUUACUUUAAUUUUAUAUGGGAAGGGUUUACUUAAUGUUGAUAACAGAAGUAUUUCAGUACUUUAUUGACAUAUUGAACAAAAGUCAUGUAAGUAUCAGGGUUUUCUAGCAAAUAAUAAUGCAUAUGCUUUUGAAGUUCAAAAUCACUUAGUGUGCUGAAUAUAAACUCUUAAUAUUUGGGCAUUAUUGACCAUGAAGGUUACAUAGACCUAAAUGGAAAUUUUGGUGCAUGGCUUAACACUUGAAUCUGUAAGUGUAAGUGCUCAUAUAUGCUCUUUUCUUCAUGCCAUUCCUGAAUAAUUCCUAUUCAUACAUUUCUUUCAUAUCAUCUAUUAACAGUGACAACUACGAAGUGUAUUCUAAUGCUCGCCUAUAAUAUCACAAAUCUCAUCCUCUUCCACCUCUUUUAUUGGAAAUAGUGUGUGUUUUCAUUUAUUAAUGAAACAUGCUAAUAGUUUAUUUUCAGAAAAAUAAAAUAAAUUGACAUAGCUCCAUGAUUUAAUGUGUUUUAGUGUACACUUCUGUGUAUUUAGCUGGUAAAGCUCAGAAUAUUUGACUGAUUCAUUUCUUCAUUAAAUAUUUUUGUUUUCUCAAGCAGAACCUAAUAUGUCAUGGCUACUUCUUGCAUACCUCUGAGAGUUGUAAAAUGAAUUCCACUUCCAAUCUACAUUAGUUUCAAAAAUGAAUUCAAUGCUGAUGGGAAAAUAAUGUAAGUUUCUUUGAAAUACAUGUUCAUUGACUACCUAUUCAUAUUUACUCACAAAUCUAUGCAGAAGUGAAAGAAUUAUUGUGUGAUAAAUUUAGUUGAUGUAGGAAUGAAAAUACUUUUUUAUAUUACAGGUCUCCUUGACUCGCAACAUCUCAGAGUCCUGUAUUCAGAUUUUUCAAAAUUUGAUGGAAUAAACUAUAAAUUAAUUUUCAGACUUUGCUUUUCCAUAAAAUAUUUUUUUAAUGAUAUAGUCUGAUGGUUUUGAGAUAAGUCAUUAAAUUACAGCUUUUCUGAAAUGUAUGUCAAAAAUUUCCAUUUAAUUUGUUCCAUGAUGUACUUGGUUGAUACCUUUGUAAAUUUAUUUAGUUUUAGUAUUAAUUUAAGAAAAUUUGUGUGCAAUAUUUUCAAUCGAACCAAAUAACUUAUUGAUCUUUUGUGUUUUCUUAAUUUUGAGUAAGUCUUAUUUUAAUUAGGGAAAAAUAGAAUUUUUUUCUGUUGAAUAUUCUAAAUGAUUUUUAGUAUCUUCCCCUGUUCAUUCUUUGUGAUGAUGUUCUGAGAGAUUGGCUGAGUUUCCCAGCUCUUACAGCAUUAUGAAUAAGAACAGCAAAUAGCCCAAAAUUGUUCAUGCCAUGUGAGCCAAGUUUAAAAUUUCGAACCUUAAAAUGAAAACUAAAUUUUCCUUGCAUUAAAUUUCUUGAUGUUAACAUUUUUUAACUUAAAAGAUGUAAAGUACAGAUACAAUCUUGUUAUAUUUGUCAUUAUAAGAAGUUAUAGUACUUCCCAAAAAUGUUGGAACACUAGCAAUGGAAUUAGCAAUCGACUUUUUGGAUGUAUAUAAAUAUAAAUAUUUUUUUUUAGGUUCCCCCUUUUUCACAUUUAAGACAUUGUGCGAAUUUUUUGUAUAAUGAGACACAAGUACUGAUUCACUGUAAUUUCAUAAUCCUACUUUUGCUCAUUAUACUAUGCGUCAUGUGUUCUAAAUCCUUAUUUUUCAGUAAAAUGAUGACUGUGGCUAUAACAUUAUUGGAAUCUAUUGUCGAAUACUAUAGUUUGGUAGUGAAAUGAUACCAUAAACUUUCAUUGUAGUAUAUAUGUAGAUAGUGAGUUGAAGUAAAUAGUAUUAGAAUUAUUUAAAAUGCAUUCCAUGUGAUCAUGAUUUCCAUUUGUUAUGUUUACUAAAAUGUAGAUUUCCUUUAACUGUGAAAAUGCUGGUAUCUGUGUUGAAUUUAAUUUGUAUCUGUAACCAAAAUAUAAUUAAAAAAAUAUUUAUCACUUCGAAA